ACAGUUACGGCUGGAAGUGCAGGUGUGGACCUCUGGACCACCGGAGCCAGCAGCAAGUGCUGAUAGCACACAGAGACAACGGGGACUGUCGCUCGGAGCCGCAACACAAAAUGAGGAGUCAUAGCAGAUGGUUAUGUGGAAUUGUGCGCCAGCUUAGCUGCUGGCUGCUAAUGCUGCUAAUUGCUGGCCAGACUGUUUAUGCCAACACAGAAGCGCCAACGAAAUCGCUGACAAUAAAAUCCAGCAACACCACCACCGCCAUCAGCAACAGCAGCACCACCACACUUGCCACGCCCACAAGCCCCUACAUCGAGGAGGAGCACGCGCUGACCAUCUCAACAGCAACCACAACCACCAGAGCGGAUCGCUACCGGCGACAGGCGGAGGAGGAUCAAGUGGAUCGCUGCCGGCUCUUCGUAGAGGGCGAUCCCACCAAGAACGAGCUCUACAGCCCCGAGUAUCCCAAUCUAUAUCCAAAGAACAUUAACUGCACCCGCGUGAUAACAGCGCCGAAGGGACAAAUUAUAAGGCUGGAUUUUCGCAACUCGUUCAAUAUUGAGGCCAAGGAGGAGUGCAAAUUUGAUUUUCUCGAGAUACGCGAUGGGCAGUAUGGCUUCUCGACGCUAAUUGGAAAAUACUGCGGCACCGACUUCCCGCCGGAGAUAACGUCGAAGGAGCGGUAUCUGUGGCUGCACUUCCACUCGGACGACACCAUCGAGUAUACGGGCUUCAGUGCGGUCUUUGAGUUUUUGGAUAGGAAUCGUGAGGCGCCCAGCACGGAUCUCAAUUGCACCAUCGAGAAGGAUGGCUACGAGGGCUUCAUUAAUUCAACAGAUGUCCCAGCUGAAAUAAGGGAGCAGGUGAUACGCGACAAGAUUGCUCUCGACUGCAUUUGGCGUAUCCAGGUGAAGGACAACUGGAAGAUAUUUUUGAAAUUUCUGGACUUUCAUCUAAGCAAGCCGAACGACUGCGAAACAAACUUCUUGGAUAUAUUCCCCGAGCAAACAGUGAUGCCAUUAAGAGUGAAGAACUUUUGCGGAUCGGCGGGCGAGAGCAUUACGGCGGAGUCAAACAUUCUGCACAUGCGAUUUUACGCGGAGCAAAGUGCGAUUAAUUCAACAUUCGCCAUUCUCUAUACAGCAUUCCGGGAUCGUGGAUCGGGCACGUGCACCGAGGACGAGUACGAUUGCGAGGACGCGACAUGCAUAUCAAGCGACUUGAAGUGUAAUGAUCGAGACAAUUGCAAGUUUCGCUUCGACGAGGAGAAGUGCAGUAAUGAAACGCCCGGCCAAUCGGAGCAUGUGGUCAUCAUAAUAAUUGUGUUUGGCCUGAUACUGGGCGGCAUGUUCAUCACGUUCAUUGUCAACUGUGUGCGAAAGAUUAUACGAGACCAGAAGAUAAUACGCGAACACAUACGCGAGUCCAAGGAGAGCAAGCUGGACGAGAUGGGCCGCAAUUCCAAGGCGCGUUCACGCGAGAACAUAUCAAGACAGAAGCAUUCGCAGACGUCACUGCAAAUACUCGAUGACGUCUCGAAUCGUUACUAUCGCGAGGCUGUGCCCAUGUCGACGCAGUCGAGCAAGGCCGACUUUAAAGAGAAGGAGCACAGCAUAUUGCGCCGGAAUCCGGACAUGACCCAAACGAGCCUCUGCGGCGGCAUCGAUGGCGACGACGCCGAAUCGUCCUCAACAACGACGGCAACGCAUGAGAUGAUGACAAAGGCGGCGAUAGCGACCGCACCGGUUAAUGCCUGUGAUAUGGGCUGUCAAACGAGGGAGUCGCUGUUCGCGAACAGCCCCAGCGCCGUUGCCACGCUAAUGAGACAGAAGUCCGGCUCGUCAUCGCUGGGCGGGGGGAGUGUGGCUGGCGCCGUGAUGCCGCCGCCACCGCCGCGCUUCUUUUCCACAUUCGGCUACGAGCAGGCUGCGGCGCCGGGCCUGAUGGCCGUGUCGCCGUCGCUGCCGGUGGCCACGCCUCCGCCGCCGUCAGUGGCAGCAGCGGCGGCAGCGCAUCUGGGCACACUGACGCGUCGCAGUCAGAUGCACUUGCCACGUGCGCCGUCGCAACACGAGUCCAUCGAGCUGGAGGAGCGGCACAGCGGCGUCGGCGUCGGCAGCGGCAGCGGGCAGCGGUCGCAUUAUGGCGUAAUAGUGGCCUCCGCCGUGAAGCCGCAAGAGAUCUGCCAUCAUCAUCAUCAGCACCAGCAGCAGCAGCAGCAGCAGUUGCCGCAGCGCACGCAUCAUUCGCAUCCUGCGCACCAGCAUCAGCAGCAGCAGCUGCAGCACCAGAUGCAGCUGCAGCAGCAGCAACAACAGCAGCAAGCCCCCAGCGUUGCUACGCGACUGCCGAAGGGCCACGCCCAGCUGCAGGGCCAAACGACGGUGCUGCCCAGCAAGGGCAGUGGCGGCAGCGGCGUCGGCAUCGGCGGCGGCGUCGGCAAGCAGCAGAAGAAUGAGGAGUCGAAAGUGUUCAUUGACAUACGRAAUUCAGCGCCAGACGUGAUUAUCAUGACGUCCCAUUGACAUUUAAGGAUUGCACGCCAAU